AUGCACGUCCUCACAGCUGCCAUCCUUUGGUUUGGUCACAGCAGACCAGAAGGCAAAACAAUGACAGUGGCUUCAAGCCACUUUGAUCCAUUCCUCCAAAAACAUAUUAACAACAAAGGGCAGGAAACAGAAUUGAGCUACUUGGCUCCCAACAAGAUCACUAAUGCUUUUAAGAAUAGCAUGAGAAACAUAUUUAGUGCCUUUCAGCCAGCAUUACGAUUCUUUAGCAAAGCCUCCAACAAAUUAAACAUAGACUCCCUACGUGACCGAGAAAUUCCACCUUUGGGUAUAUACCUAAAAGAAGUGAAAGAAGGCACUCAAACAGAUGUUGGUACACCCAUGUUCAUAGCAGCAUCAUUCACAACAGCCAAAGGGCUAAGGAAGCAAAUUAUCCCUCCAGAAAACAACAGCUUUGGCAUUCUGCAGCAGAUCAUAGGUUACAACGACUACUGCAGUGGUUCUGGAAAAAACAUCCACAAGAUCCAAGUUGCAGGCCCAGCUCUGCAGCUAGCUCACAUUGUGAAACAGUUAAGUGUAAGUUCAGAAGAACAAGGGCAACCUGAGUCUGGGAAAACUGACGGAAAAGACAGGCACAAAGCUGGGCACAGAAAGAUGUGCCAGUGUGAUAGGGGAGAGGGGCUUCUGGGGGGAAGGAAUGAUCCAGAACAACAAGCCACAUGUAGUACGAUACCCUAUCACAAUGCUGGGCAGUGGCAGCGAGCCGCAGCUCCUAGUCAGCUACACCAUCACAAGGAUGAACAACCAAUACUCUACAGUGGACUGUGUUACCAGACGACUUUGCCCAACUCGCGCUCUCAUCACCCUCUCCCAACCCUCUCCCCAACUCUCUUCCCGGCCCCACCACCCUUCGUAGCUCCCGUCUCUAAUCUGGUUUCCAUUCCAGCCCCGCCCCCUUCCCCUUCCCUCUCUGGGACCGUGAAUCAAUCCCAUCCCGGGCAGGAAACGAGACCCAGGGCAACCCCCUCCGCUGCGGCGGAACAAAGGAGGCGAGCGCAGCUGCACGCGCAGGGAGGCCCACAGCGUCCCGGGCCCCUCCUCCCCCGCCGCCGCCGGGGCACACCGCACCUGAACCCCACUCCCCAGGACGCCCCAUUGUUCUCCCUCCGCUUUCCUGCCCGAAGGAAGCCACGCCGUGUCUUUCCAGGGGGCCAGGAAACAGCUGUGGGCCAGAGGAAUGGAGGGGCUGUGGGUGAACACGAGGACAGCCGAGAUUCGACUCUGCCCACAGGUACGAGAGGCAUGGGGCAAAGUAAGAGCAACUUAGUUUACAAGCCCUGCUUCCCUCCCGCCACCCCCGAAGCCACUGCGGAGUCACGACCACCCUCCGCAACCUACAGCGUGCGCCGUUCCCGCCGCAGCGCCGCGUCUCCCAAGAGAGCGGCAGAGCCCGCUGACCCCCGCCCGCAGGGUGCGACGGGGCCAGGGACCGCGGGCACAAAGGCGCGGAGCAGGCGCCUCGGGGGCCGACGCCGGACGCAGAGGGAAGGGCAGGGGAGAGAGAGAGAAAGCGCUCGCGCUACCUCGCCGGGCGCUACCUCGCCGGGCGCCACUCCGCCUCCACGUCGUCCUCGCUCUCCGGUGGCGCUCCGGGACGCGGGCCCAGCCCGGGGCUGCGGGGCUCCCGCCGCGGCUGUUCUGCCAAGGCUGUCCCGCGGCUGCCGGCCGGCUGCGCGCCGCGCGCUCUGGUACUGCCUCCACGCGCCGCGGUUGAGGCUCCCGUGCGCACCCGGCUGCGGAGUGCUCAGCGGCCGCGGGAGGAGCCCGGCCACUCCCCUCUCGCCCGCUGGCGGAGGGGCCGGCCGAGGGGCGGGGGCGGCGACCUCGCUGCCUGGGAUUCGCCCCUCGGCGCGCGGGCAGGAACGGGAGCCACCGCCCCCGAGCCGACUCACCUCUGGCCGCCCGGUGCCGGCUUCACAGCGCCCCCCGACUCACUGACAUAAAAUGCGAAAUACAACGUUUGACAACUCGAAGCCAGCCUGGGGUCACAUUCCGGCAAACAGUGGGAACCAGCAAAGCCAAGGACAGAGAGGUCUUCAGGGAAUACAUGGCUAUGGUGGUUUGAAGACUCCCAUUAGAGAGUGGAUAUUAAUUGCCCUCCUUUUGAAUAUGGUCUGGACUUAGUGAUUUGAUUGUAACAAAUAGAAUACAGCAGAUGUGAUGCUAUGUGACUUCCAAACCUAGGUCAUAAAAGGAGAUAAAGUUUUCACCUGGCUCUCCCUUGGGACACUCACCCUUGGAACCCAGCUGCCAUAUUGUGAGGAAGCUCAAGCCACAGGGAAGGCCAUGUGUAGGUGUUUGGGCUGAUGGUGCCAGCUGAGGACCCGCUCUACUGCCAGUACAACUUAUACCAAGCAUGUGAGUUGGCGAGCUUUUGAAAGAACUCCAGCCACAGUCACUGACCACGCUGCCUGAGAGACCUAGAGAGAAAACCUAGCUGAGCCAAAUCAGGCCCCGGAAACAAUGUAAAGCAUGAAAGAAAUGCUCCAGUUUUUAUAUAACUUUUUAUUUUGGCAUGCAACAAUCAGUACUUCAACUUAAAGGAAUGAGGAAGAUGGGGAUUGCAGACAUUUUGAUCCUCUGAAAGCUCCAAACAAAAUUUUCCCCACAGCUCCAUGGUAACCUCAGCAGAGGCUCCUGGAGGUGACAGUUCUGGGAUGCAAAGAAGGGCGAAUGAAGUGGGGCAGCUAUUUGUCCAUUGUCCUGGCACUUCCUUAGUUCCCCAAGAAACGCUAAAGAGUAACAGAUGUAACCCAGCAAAGGCUUCAACCAAUUCAUCAAGUACUCUGUGAAAUGGAGUCUCCCUCUGUCACCCAGGCUGGAGUACAGUGGCAUGAUCUCGGCUCACUGCAACCUCCGCCUCCCGGGUUCAAGUGAUCCUCUUGCCUCAGCCUCUCGAGUAGCUGGGAUUACAGGCGCCUGCUACCGUGCCUGGCUAAU